AAUUUCUUUAGUUGUGUCUUUUUCUCCUAAUAAUGUCAAAAUUUUGCUCAAGAUUGAAGCUCUUUGCCAAAUUUUCUUUCUCCAUUAGUAAUUUAUGUUGUAAAAGUAUAGCAUAAUAAAUUUUAGUUACAUAGUAUUUUGAAUCAUUUCAAUAACUUUAAAGAACUCAUACAUGAUAAAACCAAAUAAUUAUAAGUUCUUUUUUACAUUAUAUUAUGACAACACUAAAAAAUUUAAUUGCCCCCCACCUAAAUGCCUAGCCCCGUUCCUACCCACAACUCUCAUGGCUAAUGGCCCGUCGCAGGUAAGAUAUGGGACUCAAUGUACAUUGUUGGUGACUUGCAAAGAUCAUUAUCGACAAGUGCAAUGCCCGGAAUCCUGCAGACAAUAAAAUCAUCGAAGAAUUAGAGUGGGAAACGGAUAAAACGAUCAUCCGGCAAUGGGCGAUCAGGUGGCUAGGGCAGAUGAAUUCGAGAAGAAAGCAGAGAAGAAGCUCAGCGGCUGGGGGAUAUUCGGUUCCAAGUUCGAAGACGCGGCCGAUCUUUUUGAUAAAGCCGCUAAUUCCUACAAGCUUGCUAAAUCCUGGGAUAAAGCUGGGGCUACUUAUGUCAAGCUUGCUAACUGUCAUCUGAAAUUGGACAGCAAACAUGAGGCGGCGCAAGCUUAUGUGGAUGCUGCUCACUGCUAUAAGAAAACAUCCACAAGUGAGGCAAUUUCUUGCCUAGUUCAGGCAGUGGAGAUGUUUUGUGACAUUGGAAGGAUCAGUAUGGCUGCAAGAUACAACAAGGAAAUUGCUGAGUUGUAUGAAUCAGAAGCAAAUAUAGAGAAGUCGAUCGAAUUUUAUGAAAAAGCUGCUGAUUUCUUCCAAGGCGAAGAAGUAACAACUUCUGCCAACCAAUGCAAGCAGAAAGUAGCUCAGUUUGCUGCGCAAUUGGAACAAUACCCAAAGGCGAUAGAGAUCUAUGAAGAGAUUGCCCGCCAUUCUCUCAGUAAUAACUUGCUCAAAUAUGGAGUUAAAGGUCAUCUUCUGAAUGCUGGGAUUUGCCAUCUCUGCAAAGGUGAUGUUGUUGCAAUUACAAAUGCGCUUGAGAAAUAUCAGGAUUUGGAUCCAACAUUUUCUGGGACUCGUGAAUACAGAUUGCUAGCGGAUCUUGCUAGUGCCAUUGACGAGGAAGACAUUACAAAGUUCACUGAUGUGGUCAAGGAAUUUGACAGCAUGACCCAACUGGUAAACUUUUCUGUAACUGUAUCCUCAAAUGUGUAUCCACUCGUGUCGUCGUUCUGCUCCAUUUUCUUCUACCACUGAAAAAAUAAUUACCUUGCAUGGUUGCGUUUGAAUUUAUAUGACCUAGUAAUUGCUUUUUUUUUUUCUCUCCGUGAUUCCUGAUACUUCUUAAAUAGGAUUCUUGGAAGACGACCCUUCUAUUGAGGGUGAAAGAGAAGCUGAAGGCGAAGGAGCUAGAGGAGGACGACCUCACUUAAUUUGGGUGUCUGGCUGAUGAUCAAUUACAUGACUAUAAUGUACGGGUUUGGUAUCCAGUCCAGGGUCGUCUAUCUCCGGUCUCGUUUUGUGUACUUGCUUUGAGAUUCGAUUCUGAGUGGGUAUGGUUUACGAGUUGUUGAAAUGUGCUUUGUAAUUGGUAGUAGGAUAUGGUUUCUGACUUGGGA